AUGAACGUCGAUGGGGCUAGCAAAGGAAAUCCAGGUCUAUCAGGCUAUGGAGCGAUUAUUAGAUACGAGAAAGGUGAAUUUAUAGGUGCGGUAACUGGACAAGAAGGCUUUGUAUCCAACAAUAUAGCAGAAAUUACAGCUCUAGAGGAAGGACUCAAAUGGGCAACUGCUAACGGAUUAACUAAAGUGUCAACAGUGAUAUCCUAUAGAGAUUGCAAGAGGACGCAACCCACAUCCCUAAGUCAGGAAUUGGCUGAUCGGAAGGUGGAUUGGCUUAUGAGGAUAAGAGAAGGUACGCUCUUAUCCAGAGGUUCACGAGGGAAGGCAGAAGUACCCUCAGCAUUUCUUGAUAGCCCAUGA